GGCGGUUGGCAAUCAGAUCUUAAGAGUCAAUGUAUUAAAGGAACGACCUCGUAAAGACAAUUUCUUAUCAAUACGCUAUAGCACUGGGAUAAUACUUGUCUAUAGAAAUGAACAUCCCGGGUACAUCGAACCGCGCGAAGAAGUAUGGGAAAAACGCGUUCAAAUAAAUUUCAAUAGCGAGAAGGGUUUAAACGGUUCCACCGUCAAUGUAUUAAAGAAACGACUUCGUAAAGACAAUUUCUUAUCAAUACGCUAUAGCACUGGGAUAAUACUUGUCUAUAGAAAUGAACAUCCCGGGUAUAUCGAACUGGUAGGUCAAGCAAUAUUUCGCGAAUAUUGA